UGACCCGUUGCCCACCCACAGCUACACCGGUACGAGGAGCGCUACCAGGCGGCGCUGGCCGGGCUGGCGAGAGCAGCGGCGCUGGACCCCGCCUCCACCGAGCCGGCACUCCGCGAACAGCAACUCCUCACCUACCUGAGCCGAGUGUCCACCCUCGUACAGCAACGGGGGCAGCUGAAGCAGAAGCGACUGACCGCACUGAUGUCCAGCCUCCGUGGCCGCGAGCUUCACAACCAUCAGGACCGACUGUACCACACCCCCAGCGGGGCCCCCACCCGCCUCGCCCUGCACCCCCUCUCCUCCCUCACCCCCGGCAACAACCCCGGCACUGCCAUCCUCGGCAAAGUCGUCUUCAGCCUCACCACCGAGGAGAAGCACCGUGGGCCUGCUGGACGGGGAGGGCACGUGUGUGGCCGUGACGGUCUACAACAUGGCGGAGAGCUGGGGGGUGCUGAUCGGAGACACCAUCGCCAUCCCAAGGCCAAUCUACACCCACCACAGUGUGGAGCACAAGGACAAGACCUUUGCCUUCGGUGGUAUCCGUGUGGACAGCCCUCUGCUGCUGCUGGUGAACGGGAGGAACCAGAAUCCAGCCAGCCAGGCCGCGCCAGUACUUGCCCACCGACCCUGUGCCGAGUGAGGGAGACCCCCACCCACGGACAACCCUCCUCUCUCCUCCUCUCCGCAGGGACUCGCCGGGCUGGCACCGUGGUGCAGCAGUAGAGUUGCCACUGGUGC